AUGCUCACCUAUGAUAAACAAGAUGUCCAGCUCUUCCUACUGAUAUACGUCGACGAUCUUCUUCUCUCCGGUAAUCAUCAACCAACACUACAGAACCUCCUUACUCAGCUCAAGCAGACAUUUUCCCUCAAACAGCUGGACAAUGCCAACAUCUUCCUUGGCAUUCAGAUUCAACACACAUCAAAGGGUCUGUUCCUCCAUCAAGCUCACUAUGCUCGUGACAUCCUUCACUCAGCUGGCCUAGACUCUUCCAAGCUAGUGACGACCCCUGUCUCUCCCAAAGAACCAAAGACCAAGGAAGAUUAUUCACCUUACGAUAACUUAACAUUCUAUCAGCGGAUAGCAGGAUCCUUGAAAUAUCUCACUGUGACAAGGUUGGACAUCGCCUUCGCCACCAAUGUCAUAUGCCAGCAUAUGCACAGCCCCUCCGUUGCAUACUUCAAACGUCUUAAACGCCUUUUACGUUAUAUAAAAGGCACUCAUGACUAUGGUAUGACCAUCAAACCUGGAUCCCUCAGCCUCACUGCUUAUGCCGACGCCGACUGGGCAUCAAACUCUGAGGAUCGCAAAUCCAUCAAUGGCUUUUGCUCUUACCUCGGAUCAAAUCUCAUAUCUUGGAGCGUAAAGAAAUAG